GUAAAAGAGGGCCACCCCCAUUCAAACGCUCGGCUUAAACCUGUUCUCCGUUGUGUUGUUCGUUUUAAUUCGAAAAAAACGUUCGAGCGUGGCGAUUCCUCCGACUGAUAUUAAUUGUAGAGCAGCACUCACACUAGCACACGCUCCCCGCAAAAUAACAAAAACACACACAUACACAAAAAUCAUACAUACACUGCCAGCGGAGAUCCCGAAAACAAGUGUUGUUGUUGCCGCACCGCCGACGCCGCCGCCUUUGUUGUUGCUCGUCCGCUAAAAUGCUGAAAGCUGCAGCGCUACUUUUGGCGCUGCUCUGCGCCGCAAACGCAGUCGACGCCGCCGCCGAUUUGGCGGAAAAAUUGCGCGAUGACUCGGAACUCUCUCAGUUCUACAGCCUACUGGAGAGCAAUCAAAUUGCCAACUCAACGCUAACGCUGCGCAGCUGCACGAUCUUUGUGCCCACCAAUGAAGCCUUCCAGCGCUACAAGAGCAAAACCGCCCAUGUGCUCUAUCACAUUACCACUGAGGCGUACACCCAGAAACGACUGCCGAAUACCGUGUCAUCGGACAUGGCCGGCAAUCCCCCGCUGUAUAUCACAAAGAACUCGAAUGGCGACAUCUUUGUGAACAAUGCCCGGAUCAUACCCUCUCUUAGUGUGGAGACGAACAGCGAUGGCAAGCGACAGAUCAUGCACAUCAUCGACGAGGUGCUUGAGCCGCUCACGGUGAAGGCUGGUCAUUCGGAUACCCCCAGCAAUCCGAAUGCUCUCAAGUUCCUGAAGAAUGCCGAAGAGUUUAACGUAGACAACAUCGGCGUGCGCACGUACCGCAGCCAGGUGACGAUGGCCAAGAAGGAGUCGGUCUAUGAUGCCGCCGGACAGCACACCUUCCUUGUUCCCGUUGAUGAAGGUUUUAAGCUCUCCGCUCGUAGCAGCCUCGUGGACGCCAAGGUCAUCGAUGGCCAUGUGAUACCCAACACUGUCAUCUUCACUGCCGCUGCCCAGCACGACGAUCCCAAGACUUCCGCCGCCUUUGAGGAUUUGCUCAAGGUCACCGUCAGUUUCUUCAAGCAGAAGAACGGCAAAAUGUACGUGAAGUCCAAUACCAUUGUGGGUGAUGCCAAGCACCGCGAAGGUGUUGUUCUUGCCGAGAUUGUCAAGGCAAAUAUUCCAGUGAGCAACGGAGUGGUCCAUCUGAUCCACCGACCUCUGAUGAUCAUCGAUACGACGGUUACCCAAUUCCUGCAGAAAAAUUUUGGGUGUAAUUCGUUCAAGUUUAUGAACGAGAAUGCUGAGAACGGUGCUUUGCGAAAGUUCUACGAAGUUAUUAUGGACAAUGGUGGAGCAGUUUUGGACGACAUCAACAGUUUGUCUGAAGUGACCAUUUUGGCUCCCAGCAAUGAGGCUUGGAACUCAUCUAAUAUCAACAAUGUUUUGCGAGACCGCAACAAGAUGAGACAAAUCUUGAACAUGCACAUCAUCAAGGAUCGAUUGAAUGUGGAUAAGAUCAGGCAGAAGAAUGCCAAUUUGAUUGCUCAGGUGCCCACUGUCAACAACAACACCUUCCUGUACUUUAACGUUCGUGGCGAGGGAACAGAUACUGUCAUCACAGUUGAGGGUGGCGGCGUAAAUGCCACAGUUAUCCAGGCCGAUGUGGCCCAGACUAAUGGAUAUGUCCACAUAAUCGAUCACGUAUUGGGCGUUCCUUACACUACAGUUCUGGGUAAACUUGAAUCCGAUCCCAUGAUGAGUGACACCUAUAAAAUGGGAAAGUUCUCGCACUUUAACGACCAGCUAAACAACACACAACGCCGUUUUACCUACUUUGUGCCCAGGGACAUGGGCUGGCAGAAGACCGAGCUGGAUUACCCAUCGGCUCAUAAGAAGCUCUUCAUGCAAGACUUUUCCUAUCAUUCCAAGUCCAUUCUGGAGCGUCAUUUGGCCAUUUCGGAUAAGGAGUACACCAUGAAGGAUCUGGUCAAGUUCUCUCAGGAAUCGGGCAGCGUUGUCCUACCCACGUUCCGCGACUCUCUUAGCAUCCGCGUGGAAGAGGAGGCUGGACAUCUCCAUGAUGACCAUGCUAGUCACGAAUGGACUGGUUAUGUGAUCAUCUGGAACUAUAAGAAGAUCAACGUUUAUCGACCUGAUGUGGAGUGCACCAACGGUAUCAUCCACGUCAUCGACUAUCCACUCCUGGAGGAGAAGGAUGUGGUCGUGGCCGGAGGUAGCUAUUUGCCAGAAUCAAGCAUUUGCAUCAUCUUGGCCAACCUCAUAAUGAUAACAGUAGCAAAGUUCUUGAACUAAACGCAUCCGAUAUGUAAAAAACCAAUCAAAAUAUCCAAAGCAAAUGCAAAUCAAACACCACCACCACAACAACAACAACAACAACAGUCGUCUACAGAACAAGAAUCAAGAACAUUCAGAAUCAGACUAAUGUGACACAUCCACAUGGAUGUAAAUAAUCAGCACUAGUUUGUUGAUGCCGAUAGAAAACCACAAGCAACCAAAACUGUAUCUGUAAUAUAUGCGUCACAAGGAACGAUCAUCAUUUCAUUCCACGACCAAUCCAUCCCAUUUACAUAACACUCAGCCCCAGCAAAACAUACAGAAAGACAGACAUGCAUGCAGAAAACUGCCUGCUGAAUUUGCUUUACCAUCGACAGCUUUUCCCUAAAAAAAAGCUGGCAAGAAAGAUUAGGAUGAUGAUAAUGAAACCCUUACUUUUAAGUAUUAAACUCGAUUUUCCCUCAACGGCCUUAUGUAUAAUAUGAAAUAUGAAACUCUGUAAAACAUUUUAUUUUUAUGUUCGAUCUAUACUGGUAGCUUACGUUCAUCAGCUCGCUAUGUUUUAAGUUUAGACCCACAUUGACAUUGGUAUCUUACCAUGGAACAUCCGAUUGUGUUUAUGAUUUUAAGUGUACAUUUUUUUGUGAAUUGCUUGUUUUAGUUAAUGGUCUAAUUUAUGAUUUAUGAAAUGAGUUAUCUUAAGUAGAAUGCGAAUCUCAUUGUACAUGUCGAAGAAGAAGCGAAGCAGAAGCAAUAAGCGCAUCACACAAUCUCAUACUCGAAAGAAAAAAGCCCACACACAUUCCUAAACAUAAAUACCAACAUACACACCAACAUGUAACGAAACGAAGUCAUUGUAAGAUUUAAAAAGUGUGAAAUUUUAUAAUAAACUGAAAGUUUUUCAUUUAAACUUAA